AUGAAUUGCAUUUAUGAAUGGGGACUGAAGAAUCAUUUUUAUAGGUGUGUUGUUGUGGUUACAUUACCCGGAAAACCACCAUUCGACGAAUGUUCUCCUAAGACAACGACAACCAGUAGCACCAUAACAACCUCGACUCCGUCUGUAACAUCUACUACGUCAACAACCUCUCUCACAACGUCUACUCCUGCGCCCACUACACCAGAUCCUUGCUGCUGCGAAACACGUACACAUGGACAUAUAGUGGUGUUGGCUACGGUAAUUGAUGAAAUACCUUUGCCAGAUGACAUAAUAAGUGAGGCUCCAGAUGGAACAAUCGCAGUUGUAGAUGCAAAAGUGGUAUACAUAGUACCAGUACCAGACCCUGAUCCGACAACCGACAACAAACUGAUUAAAAUAACAGAAUCAACGUUGGUGCCAUGUACAGAUGACAGGGAUUUAUUCGUAAUACCAAUAGAUACAGAGACAUCAGAGCCAGAUCAGGCAACAGAGGGUGAUGUAGCGAAGGUCACAGAAGCCGAGCUGGUGCCAUGUUCAGAUGAAAGGGAUGUAUAUGUAAUACCAAUAGAUACAGACACAUCAGGGCCAGAUCAGGCACUCGAUGGUGAUGUAAUGAAGGUCACAGAAGCCGAGCUGGUGCCAUGUUCAGAUGAAAGGGAUGUAUUCAUAAUACCAAUAGAUACAGACACAUCAGGGCCAGAUCAGGCAACCGAUGGUGAUGAAAUAAAGGUCACAGAAGCCGAGCUGGUGCCAUGUUCAGAUGAAAGAGAAGGUUAUGAAAUACCAAUACCAUUGGACACAGGUGGACCUGAUAAGGCCACCGACGGCAGCGGCGAUACAGUUCAGGUUACAGAAGCUGAGCUGGUGCCAUGUUCUGAUGGAAGAUCAAAAUUUAAAAAUCAAGUAAUUGUUUUUUCAUAUUGCAGAAAUGUAUCCGUAAUUUCAAUACCAUUAGAUACAAACAAUCCAGGGCCAGAUAAGGCAACAGACGAUAGUGGCGGUGCAGUUCAGGUUACGGAAGCCGAAUUGGUGCCAUGUUCAGACGAUAGAGAAGGAUUCGAAAUACCAAUACCACUGGAUACAAACAUACUAGGACCAGACAAGACAGCAGACGAGAUUGACGAUGCAGUUCAGAUUACGGAAGCCGAGUUGUUGCCUUGUGCAGAUAAAAGAGAGGUUUUUGAAAUACCAAUCCCACCAGACAGAGAGAAACUUACACCUGAUAAGGCAACUGACGGCAGUAACUUAACGACUAAUGCAACCCGUGUUACAGAGGCCGAAUUGGUGCCAUGUGAUGAUGAAAGAGAGGUAUACGAAAUUCCAAUAUCAACAGACAAAGAUCCAGAACCUUCUAAGGCAGUUGACGGCAGUGCUAAAGCCAGUGAUGCGACAAAGAUAACGGAAGCAGAAUUGGUGCCAUGUGAUGAUGAAAGAGAGGUAUACGAAAUUCCAAUAUCAACAGACACAGAUCCAGAACCUUCUAAGGCAGUUGACGGCAGUGCUAGAACCAGUGAUGCGACAAAGAUAUCGGAAGCCGAACUGCUGCCGUGUCCAGAUGAAGAAUAAAAUGCACGUUUGUCUCGAGUGUAUGGAGAUCUCAACAAAAAUAAGAACAAUAAUUGCUUUUGUGGAAAGACGUUUUAAUGUAAAUUAGUAUUUUCAGGCUAUGUCUAUGCUGUAUAGAUAUAUAAUUUGAAUGUUUAUGUACAUAAGCAUUAUCGUCUUUUACACUUUCUCAAAGAUUGGUGCAAAUGUUAGUUGUAAUCUUUUAAGCUAUUUCAUUAUUGCUUAUAUAAAUCAUUUCAUACGAGGAAUGAAUUUUUGUAACACACAGAAAUAAAGUUUUGUUACACGUUGGGUUAAAAAACAAAAUCCUUAAAUCCUCGUUUGGUAUUUAAUAUCUGUAUUAAUUUAACGUAAAUCAAAGUUUUAAUGUAAGAGCAAUUGGCAACGAAAUGCAUGGCAUGUUUGUGAGAAACAUUGCAGUAUGGUGUAAAUAUUUAGACCUUAUGGAAUACUUUUUCCGAAUUUGACACUUUAAAGAAUAAAGCGUGAUGAUACUGUGAUAGUCUUUUAUAUAUGUUAUGAUUAUAGCGGUGACGGGUCUUUUAUUGUGUGAUGUACCUUGUACAGUAUUUGCAACAUUCAAGGAUUUAUCCCUUAGUUAUGUUACUGAAAUAUUUAUUAAAUGGAUGAUUCCUUUUUUUCUGUGUACAACAAAAGUACGACUGUAAAUCUGAUUACUGUAGAUGAUUGUGUGUAAAUGUAUGUUGUGAGUAAUUUUUUG